ACAUCAUGAACUUUGCAACUGUUUUUUUCCCCAUUAUUAUUCAGCCACAAUGAUUUCUCCUUGUAAGUUUAUUCUCUUGUUGCCCAUUCUUCUCAUUAUCAUUUCUGAAAACAGAGUUCAAGCUCGAACAUUAUUAACCAAUAAUUACAAAAAGUUGCAAAGGCCUUUCAACAAUACAAUAUCAGCUGUUUUAAUUUUUGGCGACUCUACGGUUGAUUCCGGCAACAACAACUACAUAAGUACUAUUGCUAAGUCCGAUUUUCCACCAUACGGACGGGACUUUGUCAACCACAUUCCCACUGGAAGGUUCACCAAUGGCCGCCUCGUUACGGAUUACAUAAUUUCGUACCUGGGAAUCAAAGAUUUCGUGCCACCCUAUUUGGACCCAAGUCUUAGCUUGGACGAACUCAUGACUGGAGUUAGUUUCGCAUCCGGUAGCUCUGGUUAUGACCCUCUCACUGCUCAAUUAAUCGGCGCAAUUCCAUUGCAAAAGCAGCUGGAAUAUUUUAAAGAAUACAAAAAGAGACUUGAAAAUUCAAUUGGGAAAGAAAAGACAAAAUUGCUAAUAAGCAAAGCCACAUUUAUCAUAAGUGCAGGGACAAAUGACUUUGCUGUGAACUAUUUUAACACCCCAUUUCGAAGAAAAACAUUUCCUAAUGUCUCUGCCUACCAGCAAUUCCUGUUGCAAUUGGUCCAACAAUUUGUCCAAGGUUUGAUGAACGAGGGAGCUCGAUUAAUCGGCAUCGUCGGAGUUCCGCCGCUCGGGUGCUUGCCGGCGGUCAUCACGAUAGAUUCCGGCGAUGCACUUCAACCCCGCCACUGUAUUGAAUCGUACUCCACUGUUGCAAGAGAGUACAACUUGCUUCUUCAACGUUUACUAAAGACUAUACAAAUUCAUGGCACAAUAUUAUUUUACUUCGAUGUCUACACUCCUUUAAAUGACAUGAUACAUAAUCCAAUUAAAUAUGGAUUUACUGAUGUUACCACGGGGUGUUGUGGAAGUGGACUAAUUGAAGCUUCAAUUCUAUGCAAUCCAAAGUCAAUUGUUUGCAGUGAUCCUUCAACAUAUGUGUUUUGGGAUUCAGUCCACCCAAGUCAAGCUACUUAUUACAGUUUGUUCCAGGCCCUACUUCCUUCUAUUAAUUUUGCUCUCAAGCAAUUAUAAACAUUUGGUGAAGAACUAGAAAAGUGAAGGGAAAAAAAAAGUGACAAAAAAUUGUUCUAAUUUUUUAUCCUUUUUUUUGCACCCUUGUAAUUGUAUGGAAUAUAUUGCUCAAUUGCAGACGAAGAAUUCCUGAAGUAGCUAAAUAACAAGGGAAAGUUACACAUU